AGGUACCCGUUAUGGUGCCAAUCUGCGUAAGCAGAUUAAGAAGAUGGAGGUGAGUCAACACAACAAGUACUUUUAUGCGUGGAAAUGCUUCUUCUGCUCUAUGUUCUGAGUAUUUCAACAGCAAACCCUAUGCGUGCGAUCCAUCAACUUUUCCAAUAUAUCCACCUAACAAAGAAAUUGAUGCAAAAGGUCGUGAUGAUGCUAGAAGUAAUACUUCAGAGAUGAACGAUUUGAAAGCUGGGGCAGAGCUGCUUGAUAUUAUUCUUUCAAAGCUUCAGCAUAAUUUGAGAGAGGGGAAACAUACUUGGGUUGCACCAAUACGGAUUUCCGGCUACUCUUGCUUUCCUCAUUGUCUAUUUGGGUUUUCAGCCACAAAGCUCUGUUGCUGCUGCUGCUGCUCACUCUGCUCUGCUGCUGCUGCUGCUGCUGCUUAAUCUGCCCACUCUGCAAGAAAGCAUGCAAUUCUGGUUCAACCUGCAUCAAGAACUUAGGAAGCAUGCAUUAUGUUCUAGAGUAAAUUAUUUGCAUAUUCAAUUAUUUGUUAAUCAUGCUGUCAUUUGGUUGAUUGCAAGCUUUGCUCUGAAAAAAGUUGUAGAGUGUUUUUCGAAGAGUUUGAAGUUCAUAAAUAGGGUUAAUGAUGAAAUUUUGGAAUUUAUAUUUUGGUACUAAGAUUUAGAUUCUUUGUCAUGUAAACGUAUGAUUACUCUGUUUCACUAUUUAGAUGUAUAACCUUAAUUUUUUAAAAUACGAACUUUGUGAACA